CGUUAAUCUUCCUGGACAGAUGAUUAAUAUCUUCUGCCCACCACAAAUGUGAAGAAGAAAGUCCAGAGGGUGCCUGAAUAUCCAUCUGUACAAGCAGUACUCCGGUGUUCCCCUCACAGAUGCAUUAAGCCUUAGGGUGAGAUGGCAGGUGCUGGAGAGCGCAAGGGGAAGAAGGAUGACAACGGCAUUGGCACAGCCAUCGAUUUUGUGCUAUCCAAUGCCCGGCUCGUGUUGGGUGUGGGCGGAGCUGCCAUGCUGGGCAUUGCCACUCUGGCUGUCAAACGAAUGUAUGACCGGGCAAUCAGUGCUCCCAGCAGCCCCACCCGCUUGAGUCAGUCAGGAAAGAGAAGCUGGGAGGAGCCAAACUGGCUGGGGUCCUCAUCACGCUUACUGAACCAGGAUAUGAAGACAAACCUGAGCCGUUCCCUACAGACCCUCCCCACUGACCCUUCAGCUUUAGACGCAGAUGCGUUCCUACCUGCAAAGCCCAAACUGUCUGCCAAGAGGAGCCAAGUAGAAUUGAAGAAGUCUCACCUCCGCCUGUCCCUGCAAGAAAAACUCUUUGCCUACUACCGGAGGAAAGUGGCUAUCCCUGCAGAAGAGCAGGCCCGGGCCAAGCAGGCAGCUGUAGAUAUCUGCGCUGAACUGCGUAGCUUCCUACGUGCCAAGCUGCCAGACAUGCCCCUGCGUGACAUGUACCUCAGUGGCAGCCUGUACGAUGAUCUGCAGGUAGUGACAGCUGAUCACAUUCAGCUCAUUGUGCCUCUGGUCUUGGAGCAGAACCUGUGGUCAUGCAUUCCAGGUGAGGACACCAUCAUGAACAUCCCUGGCUUCUGCCUGGUACGUCGGGAAAACCCAGAAUACUUCCCCCGUGGGAGCAGCUACUGGGACCGCUGUGUGGUGGGGGGCUACCUCUCCCCCAAGGCUGUGGCAGACACCUUUGAGAAAGUAGUAGCAGGCUCCAUCAAUUGGCCAGCCAUUGGGUCCCUACUGGACUAUGUGAUCCGUCCGGCAGCGCCCCCAGAGACCCUGACACUGGAAGUCCAGUAUGAGCCAGAGCGGCACCUUCUUAUUGACUUCCUACCAUCCCUGACGCUGGGUGACACCAUCCUGGUGGCCAAACCCCACCGAUUGGCCCAGUAUGACAAUCUGUGGCGACUGAGCUUGCGGCCAGCGGAGACAGCUCGCUUGCGGGCCCUGGACCAAGGCGAUUCUGGCUGCCGUUGCUUGUGCCUCAAGAUUCUCAAAGCUGUAUGCAAGUCAAACCCAGCACUGGGCCGCCUCACUGCCAGCCAGCUCACCAAUGUCAUCCUGCACCUGGCCCAAGAGGAGUCUGACUGGUCCCAAGAUAUGCUAGCUGACCGCUUCCUGCAGGCACUGAAGGGCCUGAUUGGCUACUUGGAGGCUGGUGUCUUACCCAGUGCUCUGAAUCCCAAGGUGAACUUGUUUUCAGAGCUCACCCCUGAAGAAGUGGAUGAGUUGGGCUACACCCUCUACAGCUCCCUCUCAGAGCCACAGGUCUUGCUGCAGACGUAAUGGGACUUUACAUGGGAGAAUGAUGUUGUGGUUGUCUGGCCAAGAUGGACUUUGUUUGACUCUUACUAAAUGUUGCCGCCCCCCCCCCGCCCCCAAAACAAAACAAAACAAACCCCACAACCUUUUUCUUUAGGCCAUCCAUACUUCCUGCUGUGAAGUUGGUGCUCCCGCUGGAUUUCUUGGUGCUACUGGUCCAGUUCCACUGUUCUCUGUCCCAGCUCUUAUCUAUUGACUGGGGGGAUGGAGGUGAACCACUGAGCAGUGUUUGUUCUUAAGGCCUGCUGCAGGUGUUCCAACCUUCUACCAAAACACUGUGCCCUCUUUUCCCUAUGCUAAUUGCUGCAGGGAGUGAACCCCUUCACUUCCUUGUUAGAGUGGGUGGAACUGGGCCAGUGAAUCCAGUGUCAAUUUGAGCAAACUUAUUGUUGACAUCUAGUAUUUUUUCCACUGUCUGACUUCCCCCCCCCAUGUGUUUCCUUCUGUUUCACAUACCUUAUUGUUUUCCUUUCCUCUCUCUCCCACUCAGACCCAGAAGUGCAUAGCAGCCCAACUGGGAUUUUUUAAUAGGACUAUGUAUAGCAGUGAUUGUAUUAGAGAGUGAACUCUGCAUGAUGAUUGUACAGGCAGUAUUUAGGGGUGUAAGGCUUGCAGGAGAAAUGCACAUGGCUGACGUUUCUGCCAGUGUAGAGUCCAACAGCAGUCUCAUCCUUGGUAAGUUGGGUGUAUGUGAUCAGUCAAAGGUGCACCACCACUUCAAGUAUGUGCUGGUCCCACUGAACCUGGGAAGAAACUGUUUGCAUGUACAUCCCGCCCUCAUGAGGCUGAGGAGAGAGUGGGGUUUGCCAUUCCUGGCUGGCAAGAUCCAUUGGGUGUUCCUGGUGGAAUUGCCGUAGAAAUCAAGAAUAGUCAAGGUGGGACCUCAGAUGUGCAGAGUAAGAGGCCGAAUAUGGGGCCUAUUUUCUAAGUUUCCCUCUUAUAGCAUCUCUCUCAUGAUAUUGUGGUUUUUACUCUCAGUAAUAGGUGGAAGCAGGUUUGUACAACAGAGGGUUUGCAAUAGACACACAUGAAUCAGAUUGUCAUCUGGUGUAAAUUGGUGAAGCUGCACUGAAGUUGAUGAAGCCACACUGAAUUACACCAGCUGAGGAUCUGGCCCAUACAUACUAAGUGCAGUAUUAGUGCCUAGUAGCCAUCUAGGAAUGAGUUACUGGGAACAGGAGAUGAAGGGUAUGUAUCUCUGUUUUGGGAGGAGAGGAAAGAAAGGGAGAGCUGAGGUAGAUCUCCCCUUCUGUGUUCCCACAGGUUAAACUUGUACUGUUUGCAGUGUAAAGUCAUUGGGACAGUGGGGCACAUAAUUCACAUGUCCUCUGUUUGGUCUUGCUGUGGGUGGAUUUCUGCAGUAUUUCAACUUCCACUGCCAUUUUGUGCUGUUCUCUCUCUGCUGUCCUUCCCUGCCUGCCUCCAGAUGAUUACACAGCUUUGAGGGAGUGGCCAGGCACACAGCUAUAUCUCCUGCAUUGCAGGCAUGGAGCACCUAUCUGCUUGGGACUACACAGCUUCGUUCCUGCUGCCACCCUCUGACAAUGGUGGGGCUCUGUCUGUCUUGAAUGACAAGUACUACUAUUCUGUUUGCGUGCAGUUUUGGAGUUGUCUCCUUUUCCUAUUUUUAAUACCCAGCCUUUCUAUUUAAAAGCAACACAAAAGCUGAGGAGAUGAAUUGCAAUUUUGGAGACUCAGGAGGAGAGAUCUGAGACCUUAUUUUAUUUCCCUCUUAAAGGUGGUGCAGGGACUUGUGAUGUAAAUCUCAGGGGUGGAGUCCCAGCAGAGAGACUUAGACCGUAUUUUCUAAUUAAAGAUGGUGCUGGUAAGAUGAAUCCUAGGGAUGUGCAUUUAUCCUAGGCCAGGUUUUCUCAGGCAGUCAGUCUAGUCUAACCAGUUUGUCCGACAGUAUUCAGUGAUAAAUGCAAUGUUACAUUUUAAAUUAUUUAACCCCUAGACGACUGCUACUUUCUAGGCUGCUAGCCAAAAGCUCGGAAAGCUGUGUGUUGUAUAAAAUCUGUAGUCUCCAAAGGAUUAACAAAUUGACUUUGUGUUAUUUUAUUUUUAACUUUUGCAGCAGUCAGUGUUGGGUGUGGUGUUGGUUGUUUCUUGCUCAUGUUCGUGGAGUUUACCCCUUUUCCUUUCUUGUUCUCGCUGUCCUUCCAGUAUCAGUCUUCCUGCCAUAAACACAAACAGGUGAGACUUUGAGUCCCUUGGAGGACUGAGAAACUCACCCUCCCUCUAGUUACUUUAAGGUCAACAAAGCUAUUAAAAUAUCUGGGGAUGGAUGGAUUCCCUCUGUGCAUUCAUCUCUGCAGUGUUCUCACCCCCCUCACUUGGUGCCGACUCCAAUACGAUGGCCUUGACAUAACUGAGUAAUAGCAUGGUCAGGAAUUAUCAAAACCCUACAAAAAAGGGUGAGACAAGAAUAGGGGGAAACCAGUGUCUGGUUUGGCUUCGGAAAUCUUCCCUGUUCUUGUCAAAUCCCUAUCUUUAUAUAGACACUGUAAGUGAACCCUUUGUUUCUUUCUGGCAACCUAAUGAUUAACGUUUUUAUGACAAUUUCUUGUUGCUCCAAAGUUGAAUUUGUGUAUCAAAUGGAGAUUGAAGCUGUCUUUCUUUCUUUCUUCUCUCUCCAGCAAGACUUUGUUCCACUUCACUUCAGUCACUUUCAUCACUUCAUCUGUUCAAUUCUGAAAUGUAAAACUUUUUCCCCACUGAUCUAGCUGCAAGGAUGUGGCCUCAGCUUGGUUCCUAGGGAGCCAGGUGCUCUCAUCGUGCAGGCAGCUACCACAACUGACAACAAUCACCCCAUUGUUGGCAGUCUCAGCGUAGGCCAAAGAUAUAAUGGGUCACAGAGCUUGAGUUGACCAUGUGCUCCACAGAGAAUAGUUAGAUCAGGUCAGGGCUGAGGCAUGAAGGAUGUGGGGGAAGAGGGGGAGGCCAGUGUGCUGGAAGUUGACACUAAUCUGCAUCCAUUUGUAAGAGUUGUCAAGCUGGCAUCUAUCAGUGUUAAAAUUCAGUAAAAAAUCUAGUUGUAUUGAGAGGAGAGUAAUAGCCAGGAGGGCUUCUGAGACUUACCCAUUCAUGGCCUACUUUCUAUAUGAAAUUAAAAUACAGAGCAAGGAUGCCCAGAAUAAAAUGUGAAUAUUGCAGCUCAUGGCCACUUCCCCAGUUCAAGGAAGGAAGGCAGCCCAUGGAGACAAAUGAUUGUAACAGGCCCAGAACCCAAGUCUGUUGUUCUGCACUCUUGGCUCUGGGAAUGCCUUGGUGUGUGUUGCUAUUGCUGGGGUCACAUAUAAGAUUCUUUGUGUUCCCUGUAACUUCAGCGUGAGGACCAACUAGCUCAACUGCAGGUUUUUACUGCCAUUGAGCUCAAUCGUUAAUCUUUUAAGUUAUUUGAAGAUUUUUAAAAUUAAAAGCAAUUAUGUAAAAAGACUGCCCUUUGCCUCCUGGCAAGCUGCUGGUGUGGCCCCUGGUGUCACGGAGCCUGGGUGCCCAUGUUGUGAAGUGGGCGGUUAAGAUGCCCCCAUAUCUCCCAGGCUGUGAUAUUGUGGAUUGGAAGGGGGAAGGACUAGUGCAUGAUCUGUGACAGAGUGUGUGGAAAUACUGAAAUAAAAUAACUUUCCACAGAA